GCUUGCGUUUUCGGCCUCCGAAGCCUUGCGGGCAUAGGGAGAAGCACAUGAUCACCACCACCACCACCGGAAGCGAGGUCAGCAUUUCACUGGUGAGUUUUUUUUUUCCCCUUCUCUGUUCAAGGGUUUUGGGAAAACGGUGGAGGCGGUACUCGAUCAUUCGAGCUUGAAUAUCUCGUUGUUAAACAAUGAAUUUAUAGAUAAGUUGCUCUCUACUACCUUCUUCUGGUUGCCAAGACAGUAGAGCGAUCUUCUUGAAAUUUUCAGUCUCGUUGUAACCGUGCCACCAUAGAAACUCCAAAUCCUGACACCGAUGUCAACAUGUACAGGAAGCAAGAAUGGGGUUCUCUUGUACUCGCUCUGCUUGUCUCUCAUCAUUAACCUUCUCAGAGGAGUUGCAAAAGAGCUUGGACAUUGUGGGAAUCCGUGACUUGGUGGUUCUUGUUCUUUGGUCCCAUUCCUUGAUCAACCUGAUUCACUAUUUGCGGAUCUUAUGGUGGGCACACAAUCGAGAGGUGGAACUAAGAUGCCUUUCGAUCAGAUUCUGUCAGUUUUUCUGAAAGAGGUUGUGAGUAGUGGUUGCAUUAGGCCUAUGCCGGCAGUGGUUGGUGACGGGCGGUCACUGGAUCUGUUUAGGCUGUUUUGUUUGGUCAAAGAAAGAGGUGGGUCUGAUUUGGUGUCGAAGAAUGGGUUAUGGGCUAAUGUGGCAAAAGAAUUAGGGUUUGACAAGGGUGUUUCAGCAUCAGUUAAAUUGAUAUAUGUCAAAUAUAUGAAUGAGUUAGAAACAUGGCUGAGGGGGAGUUGUGGUGGUAGAAAAUCAGUAUCUGAAGUGUCCAAAAGUGGGGAGAAUGUCAGAUCAUUGCCAUUGGAGCUGGAAACAGAAAUUAGAGAUUUGCUAUCGGAUUGGUUGGAUCGGAGGAAAGAUUAUGCACUUCCUCUCUUGGUUAAGACAAGUGAUAAGUAUACUAAUAUGGGAAUCAAUGAUAUUGGCAUGGGAACUCCGGAUGCCAAGGAUACGUGUGAUGGUGUAAAAAAGGUCGGUGAUGAUGACGAAAAAAAUUGCUAUGGAGAUGUCAAUAAUCCAGUUAUGUUGGACCCAAAUGUUUCUACGAAAGAGUGCAAUUUUCGUAAGCGAAAGAGAGAAUCUUUAUCGAAAAUGCUGGACUGGGUGAUCCAGAUUGCUAAGCAUCCUCAAGAUCCCUCAAUUGGGGUAAUACCACCACCAUCUAUGUGGAAGGACCAUGGAGGCGAGAAAUUAUGGGUCCAGGCAAUCAGGGCGCGAGAGGCUCUCUUGAAAAGAAGGGAUGUGGAUUCAAUUGCUCAACAAUCUCUCUUAAAGAACGAUUUAAGGAUGCAUCCAUCUAUGUAUGAAGAUGUUAGUAUUGGCAGCCGUCAAUUUAUGGAGGGUUUAAGAUGCAGUGAAAGGCUCCCUACGUCACUGAAAUCUCGCGUAUGCUCCUGUUGUAGUUCAAGUUCAGUCUCCCAAUGUAGAUUGAUCAGUCUUCCCAAGAAAGAAUUGAAGAACACUUCGAAGGAGCAUGAAACUGUACCUAUUGAUUUAUCUUUAUCACCCAAGGAUUUGAUUGCUGUACAAUCUGUAGAUGGUAGCUUUCGAAAGAACGUUUCUUUGGGGCCUCUCUUUCAAGCUGACGUGCCCAAGUGGACUGGUGUGGCUUCAGAGAGUGAAACCAGAUGGCUAGGGACCUUACUAUGGCCUUUGGAAAGUGAAAACUGUUCUUGUAUUGUAAAAGAUUCGGUUGGAAGGGGAAGAUCAGAGAUUUGUGGCUGUCAGCAUCCAGGUUUUGUUAAAUGUGUCCGAUUUCACAUUGCUGAGAAGAGAAUGAAAUUGAAGCUUGAGCUGAAUUCAGUAUUUUAUCAUUGGAGGUUUGAUCGUAUGGGUGAGGAAGUUUCACUUCAGUGGACAUUGGAGGAAGAAAAAAGAUUCAGAGAUGUAGUAUGGUCAAACCCCCCAUCUCUAGGCAAAAGCUUUUGGAAUGAUUUGCCAAAGUAUUUUCCUAGGAAAAGAAAAGGUGAUUUGGUUAGCUAUUACUUCAAUGUAUUUCUUAUCAAUCGACGGAGUUAUCAGAAUCGUGUGACUCCUAACGACAUUGAUAGCGAUGAUGAGGAAACAGAGUUUGGAUAUGUAGGUGACCGGUUUGGCUAUGAAGUACUUAAGGGCGCUGAAGGCUCCGAUAUGCUAAUAUGUUCAGAAAAUAAUCAAUGCUCUCACUUGGAAUAGCCAGGAAUUCAGGCCAGAAAUUGGUUAGUUAAUUCGAAAUUAGCACGGCGGAUUUUAAAUUUAAACACAGGUUUUUUUUUCUUUGCACAUACUGAUACAACAUUAGCUGUAACAGUACCUGUAAUGUACGACUGUUAAUACUCUUGUAAUUGUAACUGCAAUUUUGUCUCCUUUGCGGUGUUUCCUGGCUUCAUUGUUCUUUGCUAAUUCACCUCUUGUAGUCUACUA